AUGGGAAGCUCGUGCUCGUGCCUCGCGUUCGACGAUGAUGUUCCCGAUCCUGGCGCAGCCAUCCCCGCCUUUCAGCCACAAUCGCAACCCGCGAUCGCGUCGGGCCCGCAGCGGUCGUCGCAAAUAGCCGUGCCGCGGCAGUCCAUAGACGAUUUCAAGGAGGCGACGGGCAACUUCGCGCCGGGCAACAUGCUAGGGGAGGGGUCGUUUGGGCGCGUGUACCAGGGCUCGCUCAACGGCCGAACCGUGGCCGUGAAAAAGCUCGAAGCGAGCUCGCAGCCCGACAACGAGUUCCUCGAAGGGGUGGCGAUGGUGAGCCAGCUACAGCACGCGAAUGUGACGCAGAUGAUCGCAUUUUGCGCGGACGGCGCUCAGCGCGCUCUGGCUUUCGAGUACGCCACCCACGGCAGCGUGCACGACAUACUGCACGGCCGCAAGGUACCGCGCAAGACAGAGGACCCGCCCAUAACCCUAACAUGGCACCAGCGAGUCAAAAUAGCCCUGGGAGCAGCCAAGGGCCUGGAGUACCUACACGAGAAGGCCAACCCAUCUCUCGUGCACAAAUCCGUCAAGUCUGCCAACGUGCUCGUGUUUGAGGGGUUUGAGGGCAAGAUUGCGGAUUUCAAUGUGGCAAACGAGGCCCCGGAUCAAGGGUCACGCAUGGUGUCAACCCGUGUGCUUGGCACGUUCGGAUACAACGCACCCGAGUAUGCCACGCUGGGUCGGCUAACGCAGAAGAGCGACGUGUACAGCUUUGGAGUGGUGCUACUGGAGCUCCUCACAGGCCGCAAGCCAGUGGACCCCAACAUGCCCCGAGGCCAACAGUCGCUCGUCACAUGGGCAACGCAAGGGCGAUUGGCAGAGGAUAGAGUCAAGUCAUGUGUGGACCCCAAGCUUAAAGGCAAUUUCCCAGAAAAAUCCGUAGCCAAGUUUGCGGCCCUAGCUGCCUUGUGUGUGCAAUAUGAUGGAGCCAGCCAGGUGGAUGUUGGCGUCAGUGCUGACGAGUACGGUAAUCGUACUAUGUUCGUCUCCUCCACCCUACGCGCCUCCGCGCAGUACAAGUUCGACAGCUUGCCAACACAGGACGCGCCGAUUAAAGACAAAAGCUGGCACUUUGGCAGUGCCACGUUUUACGGAAACGACAUGCUCGUAGGCAACUCUGGGAAUUGCGGGUAUCCAUACAGCUUCGUGAACAACCGCACGCAAGUCGCGGUGCCGGAUCCGCGCUGGUCCAACACACUCACUUCCGGCAUCGGCAACUUCAAGGGCGCGGCGUGCGGGCAGUGCUUCAUGGUGAAAUGCCUUUCGAAGCCGCGGUACGCCGGAAAGGUCUUCUGCCGACGCAAGAAAGCGGUGAUGGUGACGAUAACAAACUUCGACACGCCGCGGUCUGAGGGCUGGCCGAACAACCACUUCGACUUCCACCGCACGGGAUUCGAGAAGAUCGCGGACCCGGACUCGGGCAUUGUGAACGUAAUGUGGCGGAGAACGCGCUGCCCGAAAACCGCGCCGAAGUACACGGUAAAGGGCAAUCCCUACUGGCACGACAUAACCGUUUACGAUGUGCCCGGGGUUGGAGCCAUCACGGGCGUAUGGGUGAAGCGGGCGGGGGGGUCUGAUUGGGAAGCCGCGCGGCACUCGUGGGGAGCGCAUUGGGUGGUGACAGGGAAGGUCGAUUGGGACAGCAGUAAGACGAAGGUGCGGGCGCAGGUUGCGGAGUCGCGGCGAUUCAUUUAUCCCGCUCGUAAGCAGGCAUAUUGA